AUGACUCCGAGCAGCUCUGACAUCUCAGUCCGUCAGGCUCUGGAAAGCACGGUGGUUCUCAACCUGUGGUUCACCCCCCUCUCACCGGCUCAGUGGUCGGACCCGCUGUGUCCCAGCCUUCCUCCUCCGGUAAUUGGACUUGUGUACGCCGAGCUGAUGGAUUCAGACAUUCCUCUUGGGGCUGCAAAAGGUGGGAAGCUGCACAUGGUUCAUGACUUGUUUGCUGGCGUGGCGACUGUUCUGAGCGUCAGUCUCUCAGGAAAUUCUGUCGAUGAAGUCUGUCGGCACACUGCCAAGGAAUCUGACACCACUGUGAUCUCCACAGGUAUCGAUUGGCUUCCAGAAUGUAGGAACCCUGUCUUGUUGGAUGAAUGCGAAUGUCGCUUCUCGCCCGUAGCUGAGACGGAGUUCGGCGUGGAUUCUCAGAGGGCAGUCGGAGGGCACAGCACUGAGGCUAACCUGGCAGCCGCACCGUGCAAAAGGCUGGCGAGGAGCGAGAACGGACAUCUGCCAUCCCUUUGCUCUCAGGUCCUCGUCCACCCAGUCCUGCAGAUGGCGGAUUUCAACCUGCCCUCGUACAGGCUAAAUCAUGCUGCGCCCAUAUUGUUUCCUGGCCGCGUGGCAUUCUGCUUCCUGCAGGACCUCGACGGAGACACUUCCAGGUGCCAAGAAGUUCUGGAAGGGAACCAUGUCUCCACUGAGCUCAGGCCAGCUCAGGAGGAAUGGCUUUACCCUUUCUACUUUAUCCCAAGUGGCUCACUUGAAGGUUUCUGUGAACAUCCAGAAGUGUGUCGCUCAACCAAAGCUGAUCUGAAGCCUGGACCGUCAGAUAAUGCAAUCAUUCCACCUUCAUCUUCAUCUGUGAGUGUGAACAAUGAGCAUGCUGAGCGAUGA